AUGUCUUACAAUAAUAAUAACCAACAAGAAUUCGAUCAAAAUUCUGCUUUUCAAGGUACUACUACGAGUUCUAUUUAUAAUCAGGCAACUCCACCUUCGAAUAUCAUAUUUAAUGAUUUUAAUAAUGGCGACUUUUACAAUCAAAAUUUAACAUUUCCGUGUAAUACUGUUUUGGUCAACAAUAAUUUUCCUUCCGCAUCCAAUAAUAAUACCGCUUCUAUUGUCGCUACCGUUGCUAGUACUACUACUAGUAGUAAUAAUAAUAGCCCAACACUACUACUGACAUCACCGACAUCGUUUUCAUCUUCGUCAACAAUAAACGCAAAUCUUACCAAUAAUAAUAGUAAUCAACAAUAUUCAUCUUUAUUUUCAUAUGUUGAUACAUCAUCUAAUGCACUACAAAAUUUUGUGGUUACCAUUGCCCUCCAACAACAGUAG